AUGACCCAAUUUCUACCACUUGCAUUACUUCUGGUACUUUUCACGUCUGUGCAAAGUGGAGUCAUUGUGGAUAUGGGGUAUGACCAAAUCACUGUUGGGUGGUACAACACCACAUCUGUACACAUCUUAUUAGGAUCAAACGGUGAAAGGAGUUACAAUUCGAAGGUUGCUUAUAGAUGCAAUCACGACGAUUACACAUAUGGGUAUAAUGCUAAAGCACUUCUUGGAAAUCAGAAGGUGAAAGUACUUUCUCCGAUCUAUCAAGUAGAGGACAAGACAGAGAAUUGCACCCUCCCGAAUGACAAAACAGCUAUUUUAGCAUUCCAAUUGGAUAACUUGUACUAUAAAUUGGACGCUAAUAAUACACAUCGAUCACUCUUUAACUUAACCCAAGAAGGAAGACAUGCCCCUCAAAUUAUUGUUCCUUCGACAUUUACUCCUUACGACUUGGACAAAAUCAGCGCCGUUAUCCCUAAAGCGGAAUUUAUCCCAAAACAUAAGGCACAUUUGGGAAUGGUUUUAAAUGCUGUUAAUAAGAAACUUGUUGAUAUGAAAGAACACUAUUUAGUGAUUGAAUGCGGUGCACACGAUACCCGUAUAACACAUAUCAAUGUCUUCAAUGGAACACAAUUCACUGUCAAAACACACAAAACAGUGAAAGUCAGUGCUGAUUCACUGAACACUGCGCUGGUCGACAUUGUUGGAGAUGUCAGAGGCAGUGUCGAAACACAAGCACACUUGAAACAAAUUGAAGAAUUAAGACUGAAACUCUCAUCAAACACACAAAUUACAACACUCUUUGAAGAACUCGAGAAGAACAUCACUGUGACGAGAGAUGAGUUCAACGAGAAAAUUUCCGACAUCUUGAAACCUUUACGAGAAACACUGAACCAAGAAAAGGAGACAUUAAAUCAGAACUUCACAGUCUUUUUGAUUGGUGGUCUCUCAUACACACCAAAAAUUAAAGAAAUAGUCGAGAGUGUAUUUGGUAACUAUUCAAUUCGACUUUCUGGAGACGAGUACUUGUUCGAAAGUAUCAAAACGUUGAUGACUUUUGAAAAGAUGGUCAACUCGCCAUUUGAGAUUGUCGAUUUCAUCCCGUUUGAUGUGUCCAUUAAAAUGAAUGGAGCCGAGAGCCCAUUCAUCAAAAGAGAUCAGCCAAUGAAACUUGCGAACAGGUACCAAAUUUCUAUUCCACAAACACAGAGUCUCGAGUUUUUGGAUGCGGAGAGCAAAGUUCUGUUGAGAAAGUAUACGAUAGAAGGAAUGGAGAAGAACGAGAAUAUGACUUUUAGAGUUGAUUCGUUGGAGAAGGGGAUUGUGAACUCUCUUGAAAUACCAAAUGCGACGAUUCGACUGAACGAAGUGUGUAACUUAACACAAUUGAAAGAAGAAGUCGAGAAAUUUAGAGAGGAAGAUACAAAGAAGAAAAUCAAUCAGUAUCUCUUGAUGAACCAAAGACAAGGCUUCGAAAGCCUCUUGUUGGAUUUCAAACGAUAUUUAACAAGUGAUAUUGAUGAUAUCAUCGAUGUCCAAGAAAAGCUUGACGACGUCGAGAGAAAUAUUAUGUGGCUUGAAGAUCAUGUGGAUGUCACCAUUGAAGAGUUGGAAAAGGCCGAAAAGGAGUUUGGCGAGAGACAUCACGUCGAGUUACAAAUGUUGGACGCCUUCAGACAAUUUGCGAAGAAGAUCGAAGAGUUGGGAAGAAAGGUAGUCGACGGGAUCGAUGAGAUGAAGAGACUUGGCAAUCGGCAGUACAUGAACUACGCUAAGAAACUCAAUGAUGAGUCCGAGAAGCAUCCGAAAGGAAAAGAAGAGAGAGAAAAGCUUGAGAAGUUCUUAGAGGACAUGUUGGCCACCCUUGAGUCGAGCAACAAUAGAAAGAGGUUUUUGAAUUCCAUUAGAUGGGUUUGGACUUUAGUUGGGUAUGCUAUUAUUGGUGGUGUGUUUGCUGGACUAGUUUACGUUUCGUUCAAAAUGACUCGAAAGCCAAAGAAGGUUGUUAUGCACCCAAAAAAGAAAUGA